GGGUGGGCAAAUAAUUUAUUAGAUGUGCAUGGUUCUCUGCCUCCAGUUUAUUUCUGUUUUUGUAUUUGGUUGUCUGUACAUCUUGUUGCAUUUCUUUAUUCUUUCGCGUUGUGCCCGCCCCCACGUCUGCCGCUGACAUCAUUUUCCGGAGCGCGCCCCGGGAGCGCGGAUCCUCAGCUCUGUCCCAGUCUCUGGGAUAUUGAAUCUUCGGGUGCUGUCAGGUUGUGGAAAGCGGUCACAGUCUGUGCUUCGUCCCCUGGAGAUACACAGCAGAGACAAUAGCAGGUGGUUGUCAGAAUGGAAGUCUCUGUGUGUAUCUCUGUCUAUCUCGAGUCGAUGGAUAGGAACCCAAUUUGUGUGUAAAUCGUCUUCUGUCAAACUGAAAAAAAGACUCUAAGGUGUGUGUGUGUCGGAGGAUGUGGGGAGCAAUUCACAUAUAUUAUGUCGCGCUGUAUUAAUCGCAUGAAGAAAAUGGCUCACUGGUACUUCAUGUCUCCUUUCCUCUUCCUCUUGGUUUUUGAUGGUCUAAACCAUGUCUGUGCUUUGGAGGCUGGAACCAGAGGAAGGAAAAGUACAUUGCAGCCACUAGACAGCAGCAAUAAUCUGAAGAGACACGAGUCCUGGCCAGAUCCUCUCAGAUCAGGCCGUAAACAUGGCAUACAGAGGAAGGACAAGACCAACACCAUGGUAACCAAAGUACUGGAGACGGACAGACCAGAUGAGGACAGUGUGGGAUUGGAGAGUCUGACUCCAGUGCGAGUGGAGACAGACAGUCUGGAAAGAACAGCAGUAAUGCCACAGGAGAGAGUUACAGGCCAGAAAGGUCAAUUUUAUCCUCGAGAGCCAGAAUAUUAUCCAGCAGGAGAGUCUGCAAAUAAAGGGAGAAAGCACAAUAGAGACCAUAAGAAACCAAAUCGGAGAGAACGAGCCCGACACAGUAAGGGGAAACUGCCGGGCACUGAGUUAAUCCCACUUUUAAAGGAUCAAACGCAAAGCAAGGAGACAGAUGAACCUUCCACACUGCCCCUGCCAAUGUCCAGCACCAUUGUGACCAGUACAUUGCUGACCACUAUCACAACCGAGGAAGCACCUGCAACAAAGCCUAGAAGCACACGACAACAGGUUGGAACAAGAACAGCUGCUGAGGUAAACCCCACCCUCGAUAUGACACUCUUUGAUUGGACAGAUUAUGAAGACAUGAAGCCAGAUAUUUGGCCAUCAGCAAAGAAAAAAGUAGACAAGCGUCGUAGCAAGAACCUGAGUAAUGGGAACCUCACAUCAAUGGCUGAAGUGGAACCAUGUGAUCAUCACCUGGACUGCCUACCUGGUUGGUGUUGUGACCUCCGGCAGCACGUCUGCAAAGCGCACAACCGCGGCCUCAACAACAAGUGCUAUGAUGAUUGUAUGUGUGCGGAAGGUCUUCGCUGUUAUGCCAAGUUCCAUCGGAAUCGGAGAGUGACCCGCAGGCGAGGACGGUGUGUGGAACCGGAUUCAGUUGACAUCGAUCACGGAUCGUUUAUUACGGUCUGAGCAGACUUCAUUAAAAGUCCAGCUGUUUCGACCCCCUCAACCGGUCAAUUCUCAACUCCAAAGCAACAGUGAAAAUCUUGAUGGCGCCAAGAUAGACAAUGCCAUGUUGGCGCCGUCUGGAAUAAGGUCCUUGCAAUCACUUAGUCAAGUCCGAUACAAACAUUCUCAUUUACACCCUACACUCCAAAAACAUAAUCCAUCAAAUCCCACCAAUACACAGGAUCCACUACCCAACUACGCUAAUUGAAUCCUCUACUGGUUUAUAUCGUCCAAUCGACUCAUUUGUUAUUUGAGAAUGUCCUGCGUCUCGUAGACACACUAAACUUACAUUUGUAAUACAAGUACCGUACUUUUAUAAAUAGAUUUGAAUGUUAUUUAACAAUAAAACCUUGUCUAUAAGGGUUUGUUGUUAUCCUCCUUAUGACUUUUUAUUUUCAAGGAAUCUCUCUACAGUUCUCCAGACAACCUCCCAUCAGGUAUUACCCUUCUCUUUAAAAGUCGUCACUAUUCCCAUCGUCAUUCUCUUGAAACCAGACGUCACAAUGUCCCUUUGCUCUAACCUUAUUAUUGAUUGUUAAUUUAAUGUCUUAAGACAAAUCUGUAGUAUUUCGCCACCUUUUUUGAAUAUAAUUUAAACUCACAAUAGAACCAGACUUUUAAAACAAUUUAGGAUCCUGCAGUCUAAAGCUGUGAACAACUACUGUAUAAUAAUUGAAUUGUGUAUAAUUAAUCAAUUUGAAAUUUCUCAUUUGACUUUUACUGAGCUACAUCUCAGAAGGUGCUGGUACCAGCUGGUACUUUGCCCAAGUGACUAUUACUCAUGUCUGAGUCUAGACAGUGAAUAUUGGUAAAUUAUUUGUGGACUAUUUGAAUAUAAAGGACAACAAAUGCUCAGUACUUUCUCACCUAAUAACUUGAUGUAUAUCCAGGAGUGUCACUGGAUAAUGAGAAGAAACUGUAAAACUGCAUCUGGAUGGGUAAAUGAGUAGGAAGCAUUUACAGGAAUUUGGGCCAAGUGCUGGUAAAUGGGACUAGAUUAG